AGGUAUUUCUGAACAACUCGCAAAGAAGUACAAAGGUAAAACCCGACGUGAUAUAAUUAAAAUUUCAAGUGGCUAAAGCACAUUCACAAACAAUUUUGCUGACGAAGAAGACGCGUUAACAAUUUAAUAAUAAUUCAAAAAUAAUUGAAAUAUUAAGUACAUUCCGUGCAUUUCGAAUAUUUUCCAUCGGCUGUACAAACAUUUAUUAUACGCAGUAAAAAUAUACCUGUAAAUCAAGAAUGAUAGAUCAUUAUCGCCUGUAAAUGUGAUAAGUGAGUGUGGUUGUGAAGUUUAUAUGCUUAGAAGAACUUGUAACGGAAUUUUGUUUCGGCACAUCACUCAAACAAUUUAAUAUAAAUGUGAAAGAACUUACAACAGGACUUAUAUCGGAGCAAAGCUUUUUGCUAAUCUCACAUACAGUUUUUUUUUGCUAUAAAUGCGAUAACAAGUUAAGAGUUUUCUCUUUGAUGUAUAAAGUAACGAGGCCAACUUAAAAUAUACAUAAUUGUAUAACAAGAUUAUAAACGAGAACAAUUUUUUAAAAUAAAUAAAUUUAAGUGAAAUUAUUUAAUACGGGAAAUACCUAUUAAACACUGCAAAAUGUCGAAGUCAAACCCAGCAGUAAAGUGUAUAACGAGUGAUAACGAAAAUACAAAUAUUACAGAUGGAAGUGGUACAAGUAGUUCAUCAAUUUUAGCAGCUAAAGCAGAUAAGGAACACAUUCCAGAAAAAAAGGAAUUUUCAAAAAACGUUGAUAUUGAAGAUCAAUCCCAGAUAGAUUCGGGAUUUUUGUCUGGUCCUCAAAGCUCUUUUCAAGAAGAGCAGGAGGAACCAAAAUAUAGCCCCGAUAGAAACGAUGCAAACGACUUCAACAAAUCAAAAUCAAAUAUUAUUACAACAGAACAUCACGUUAAAAACAUUACUGGAAUUUCCCAACCCCACGAUAAAAUUCAAGAGAAUAUAUUUGUUAUUGAUUCGGGUUGCAUAGAAGAAGAAUACGAAGAGUUCAACGAUUCAGAUACCAAAUCCGACCGCCACUUAACUACCAAACAAAAACUGCAUAGCAAACCACAGUCGGCAAACGCUGCAACCAAGAAUUCGAAUUUAAGUGAAGAAAUGAGACUCAAACAUGAUGUAGAUAGUCACAUAUCGGAAAGAUUUUGCAACCUAAGUUUAGAAAGUGGAGCUGCAAAUAAUUUAAAUGCUGCUGAUAGAAUUCCAGGACUUCAAUCGACAGCAGUAUCAAAUAAAUCGUUAGGAUUGUCCAAACAGUCUAUAGUGGAACAAAUUUUUCAACAAAAUGAUGAUGGAGACACUUACCUUCAUUUGGCAUGUAUAUCUGGGCAAGAUAAUUUAGUAGCUGCCCUUAUCCCAUUGGUUAUGCAACAAAGCCUUCUGAACAUAAAAAAUGAUUAUGAACAAACCCCACUGCACUUGGCAGCACUUUACAGCCAUAAAACCAUAAUGCGUAUGCUAUUACUUGCUGGCGCCGAGCCGAAUAUACGAGAUUGUGAUGGAAAUACGGCAUUGCAUAUUGCUUGUGAAAAUGGAGAUGAACAAAGUGUUAUUGCUUUAACAACACCAUUUAGCGCCCCAGAGGUCAAUGCUGCAUAUCAACAAUACGGAUUCGCACAGAGUAAACUUGUCAACAAUUUUGAAAUCAGAAAUUAUGACGGCGAAUAUUGUGUUCAUUUAGCUUCUGAAAGGGGUAAUCUUCAAAUACUAAGAUCAUUGGUGCAAUCUGGAGCAAAUAUCAAUGCCAGGGAAGGAAAAGGUGGAUACACACCACUACAUAUUUCUGUCGAAAGGAACAAUGAGGAACUAUUAAACUUCCUAUUAAAUUACUGCAAGCCCAAACUGAACUUGGAAGCAACAACUUUCGGCCGACGAACUGCAUAUCAAUUGGCAUGUAUUUCCAAGAGGUCACAAAUGCAACUUAUUUUAGAAAAGCAUGGCGCAAAACAACAACCCCUGCCGGAUGAAGAUGAGAGCACUGAAGAUGAAAGCAGUGACGAUGAAUAAGAAUAAAUAGCUGCCUUUUCUUUUCCUUCRAAAGCUCUAUGUUUUAAUAGAGCAAUUAAAAUAAAAUAUAUAGACACUCAUACAUGCAUACAUUCAUACAUACAUAUGUACAUAAUGUGAUCAUAAAAAUAAUAUUAGUGAAAAUUUGAUUUUAACUCGUUCAAUAUAUGUAUGUAGUUAUUUUCUAGUCGACUGAGAGGUAAUUUGUUAAUACAAUGGAUAGUGCGUUUUGAUUGCGGGUUUUAGUAGGAGUGUUGAAGCCAUUUGAAUAAAUGUGUUUGUGUCAAGUAGUUAAUGCUCACAACUUCACUUUCUGAUUUGUGUUUUAUGCAACCACCGUCGAAAAUUAAAAUAUGUAUACAUACGAAAAAUAAAGACUAAUGUACUGGAGCAAUAACUGUAA